AUGGCGAAAUCUACAGCUUCUCAGAAAUCGCUUUACUCGAAUCAUUUCGUUCGUUACACCAGUUCCAGAGCUUUUUUUAAUUCUCCCGCCAUCAACGACAAUAAGCCGUCAAGUGUUUUAAAAAGCCGAGCCCGAUUCAACAAAUUCGUUAGAAAUCAGUGCAGAAUAGGGUUCAAAAGCGUUGAUGAUGCAAAUAUACUGUUCCAUGAAAUGAUUCAGAUGCAACCCGUGCCUUCUUUAUCGUACUUCACCCAGGUAGUAGCAGCCAUUGCGAGAAUGAAACAUUACGAGGCUGCAAUAUCUGUGAUUGAAGAAAUGGAAUUCCUGGAAAUCCUUGAUCCUGAUGUUCAUAUCUUGAGCGUUUUGAUCAACUGUUACUGUCAUCUCAAUCGUGUCGAUUUGGGUUUCUCAGUCUUGGGUCGAGUAUUGAAACUUGGUUAUGAAGUCGAUGUUGCCCUGUUUACUACUUUGAUCAAGGGUCUGAUUGGUGAUAACCAGAUGGGUUUGGCUGUGGAGUUGUUUAAAAACAUGCUGGAACAAGGGAUUCAUCCCAACUCAAUUACUUGUGGAACAAUAAUCAAUGGGUUAUGUAAAAUGGGGAACACUAAUGCUGCAAUUCAAUUGGUCAAGAAAAUGAAGAACGGAAGAAUGGAAGUUGGUGAUGUUGUAUAUAGCAUGAUCAUUGAUAGUCUUUGCAAGGAUGGAAUGGUCACCGAAGCUUUUAGACUCUUUGAGAAGUUGAUUCUUGGAACUUCAAAACCAAAUGUGGGCAUGUACAACUCAAUGAUCCGUGGUUUGUGUAAUACAAACAGGUGGAAAGAGGGCAUGGAGGUAUUCGAAAAGAUACCAAAUCCAGAUGUUCAAACGUAUACUAUCUUGGUGGAUUCACUUUGUAAAGAAGGGGAGGUCGAAAAGGCUGCCAAAAUGGUCGAGCUUAUGAUCCAGAAAGCAGUGAAGCCAGAUGUAGUCACUUACAGCGCUUUGGUUGACGGGUAUUGCUUGCAAGGUAGGUUACACGAAGCGGAGAAGGUAGUUGAUUCAAUGAUUAGCAACGAAUGUAAUCCAAAUGCGCAUACAUAUAACAUCUUGAUCAAUGGGUAUUGUAAGAAAAAGAGGACAGAUGAUGCACUAAAGGUGUUCGAUAAAAUGUCUCAAAGAGGCCUGAUUGCUAAUACCAUCACAUACACCACUUUGAUUCAUGGGUAUUGUCUUUCCCGGCAGCCUUCUGUCGCGCUGCACUUCCUGAAGAAAAUGCAAUCAUGUGGCCAACAUCCGGAUAUUGUCACAUACUCAAUCUUGUUAGAUGGUUUGUUUAAAAAUAAUUAUCAUAAGAAAGCAAUGAAUUUGUUUCAAGAGAUGAAAGAGUCGAAAUUGGAUCUUGAUGUUGUGGUUUAUGGCAUUCUGAUCAACGGGUUGUGCAAAGCCAGGGAACUCGAAUCUGCAAAAAAUGUCUUUCAUGGUCUUGAAAGCAAUGGAAUAAACCCAAACACACGUAUAUUCAAUAUCUUGAUUGAUGGACUUUUCAAGGGUGGUCUUGAAGAUGAAGCAAUCAUGUUGUUUCAGGAAAUGGUAGAAAGUGGCUACUGUUCCCCAGAUGGAUGCACAUACAAUAUAGUCAUUCAAGGUCUUGUUUGCAAUAAUAAUGGGAAGAGGGCAAUUGAGUUUGUUGAUGAAAUGGUUGGUAAGGGAUUCUCAGCUGAUGCAUCAACGGCUGAGAUUUUGUUGGGUGUGUCGACUGAUAGAAACUUGGAUCAAUCACCAUUUGUCUUGAAUAGUUUAUCUACAUCAAAUACUAAUAAUAUCACAUUUCACAAUUAA